GUUCAGGUUGGACAAAUCCAAGCCUUCCAACGAGGCAUUGCAUCCCUGGACGUAGAUUUAUGCCAAAAGCUUGGUGCGGACGCGUCCUUCUUUAAACCGCCACCUCGUCGAACCUUCUGAUCACCCGGAUGAAAGUCACUGGGGUACAACGACUUGUCACACAUUGCUGACCUUCUACCAAACAACCGUGUUUUGACCCGGAUCCUCGUUGUUCUAUGCCACAACCAUUAAUUCCAAUUAUGCACCUCUAUUGUCCACCAUGGUUCGCCUUAUUUAUUCGACGCUGAAGCUGGCAUGCCUGGCUUUUUUAGUCAUCAUCGGGUUAACCUCGCUGCUCCGACUGCAGUUGCCCAGCUUGACCUUUGGUUAUAAGCGUUAUCAUCAUUCGCCGGUGCCGCUCAGCACAGAAUCAAAACGGCUAGUGGUGGCAAGUCUCAAAGGCGAUGACACACGAUGGUUAGGAAAACGGCUGCCAGAUUGGCCUGUGUCGUUGUAUGUGGUGAAUGAUCCCGAAGCGAAGUUUACUGUCCCUUUGAACAAAGGACGAGAAUCAAUGGUCUAUUUGACCUACAUCAUCGACAAUUAUGACAAUCUACCGGAAAUAUCGGUUUUCAUACAUAGUCUUCAAUACCAGUGGCACAAUGAUGAUCCCAACAAAGAUGGAGCCACCGUCAUUUCACGCCUUCAACUACCCUAUGUCCGAGAGCAAGGCUACGUCAACAUGCGCUGCGUAUGGACGUUAGGCUGUCCAGAAGAGAUAAAUCUCGACGAUCCUCGGUCUGGACAUACGACCUCGUUGCAUUUUCGCCACGCUUUCGUCGAAUUGUUCCCACAAAGAGCUGCAAAUGGAACAACUCCAAGUGUGGUUGGCGCGAGUUGUUGCGCCCAGUUUGUCGUGACGGCCUCCAAAAUUCGAGAACUGCCCAAGGCGGAAUACGAACGCAUCCGCGAAUGGUUGACCAAAACGCCCUUACCGGACGAUAUUAGCGGCCGAAUACUCGAGUACUCCUGGCACAUGCUAUUUGGCCGACAAGAUGUUCAUUGUCCAGACGCAAGAACUUGCUAUUGCAAUGUCUUUGGACUCUGUAACCUCAAGAACUGUAAUGCGGGACGCUGUGAAGGCCAGUACACCUUACCAAAAUACGCUUCCAUCCCGCCUGGGUGGAAGCCUUUGCCUAUGUACCGACAAUGGUAGAGCUUCCAGCUCACAGCACUUUUGAUUGGACUUAUACCUUCAUCCACGCCAAUCAAUUGAAUCAAUCGGACGUUUGAAUGAAUUUACAGAUACCGGGGAGGCUGUGAUAUAGAUCCGCUUCCGCAUAUUUCAUUGAUGGAAACAUGAGUCUACAUAGGAUUGCACGGGCGUUCACAGGUCGGUAUACUAUCGAGGGCCAGUGGCCCCCGACUGGAGGUGUCCUCGAGGGAAAUCGUUAAAGUAGCGGCACUUCUCACGAUACUGGAGCCAAUAAAAU